CUCGACGGGCGGACGUCGUCUGCUCCGGGCAGUGCGGGCCGACCGGCGGACGGGUGAUCGCGGAAGUGCGGCGACUGGCCGCGGUGAGCGUCGACCGGGCCAGCAGGUGGUGUUGGUGGUGGUGGGAGAAGAAGAGGAGGAGGAUGGCGGGCGAGCGACCCGCAGCGGCCCGCCGGGGCUGCCUGAUGCAGCUAUGAACCGCGCGCCGGGGAGGAGAUGACGACGACGGCCGUGGUGAGACGCUGGUGCCGGGCGCUGGUGCUGGUGGCUGUGGCGAUCGGCGUGGCGAGCGGCGUGCAGAUCACGACGCUGCGCGUGCCGCCGGCCGUGCGCAACGGGUCGUCGGCGGCGGUGCUGGACUGCGAGUACUCGCUGCGCAACGACGAGCUGCGCAGCGAGGCGGGCCUCGUCGUCAAGUGGUACUUCAACAACGGGCCGUCGCCCGUCUACCAGUGGAUCCCGGGCGGCCGGCCGCAGGACCUUGGGGUACUCCGCGGCCGCCUCAACGUGCACUACAAGGCCACCGACAACCGCGCCACGAUGCACCGCGCGCUCUACAUCCUCAACCCCACCACCGACCUCUCCGGGGAGUACAAGUGCCACGUGUCCACGUUCGUCGACGAGGACUUCAUGACCAAGAAGAUGGUCGUCUACGUGCCGCAGCAGACGCUGGAGCUGACGGACCGCCGGCCGUCGUCUGACGCCGUCAACCUGUCGUGCCAAGCGCAGGGCGUCUACCCGGAGCCGAAGAUGGCGCUCUACCGAGACAGCGACCGCAUGAGCGAAAUGGUGAGCAUGCGGACGGCGCGGCGCGGGGGCGUGUUCGACAUCACGGCGAGCGCGCUGCUGGACGAGCGCACGCUGCAGUCGCCCACGGUGUUCGACUGCGAGCUGCGCAUCCCGGAGGCCAACUACCACGCCAAGAAGAGCAUCAUUUACUACGGAGGAUGGGUGGACGGAGGAGGAGGAUGGGUGGACGGAGGAGGAGGAUGGGUGGACGGAGGAGGAGGAGUGAAUCUUGCUACCACCUAA